AUACUUUCUUCAUGUCAAAUGGAAAAUUAGUGUUAGUUGUUUAACUUAUGACUUACAAUGCACUGUAUAAUUCAAUAUAAGAUGAGAAAGUCACCCCAUGAUGUUACUUACGAAACUGAAACCUUUCCUAUUGCUAAGAAAUAGAAGUCGUAACUGCGUUUGCGCAAGACAAUUAUUCAAGCUAUAUAAGUUUAAGAAACGUUAUUUUAAAUUACAAAUUAUGGUAAUUCUGUAUAAUUCACAUCUGCCUACACCAUGCUCUAUAACCUGCUUCAAUGGUACAAUAGCAUAAUUAUCUUCUCCCUACUGUUCUCAUCGUAUCGAUCGUUUGAAAUUCACAAAAUAUUCGAGAAACAUAAUUCAAUUCUUACCGUGGAUGCAGUUGCAUCGCAGUUCGCGUGUGAAAUGUAUUCGAUCGAAGAAAAUUAUUUCAAGAUUAAUCGAAUAAUUCUUAAGACGCUUGGGCUAUGGCCCUAUCAGCAGUCAUAUUUUACGCAAAUACAAAAUGUGUUGUGUGCUAGUGUUCUUUUAACAGCUAUUCUCGUUCAGUUGCUGGUAUUUGUUACAACUCAGUACAGUACGGAUCUUCUUUUCAAGAUUCUUUCCUUCGUCUUACCUGUUCUUUUUAUUUUCAUAAAAUAUUUCCUUUUUCUCACUAAGACACAUAGCGUAAGUUCAACAAAACAAAUCGGUUAUUUAAAUAGUUAGUUGUAACAUCUACAAUGCCAAGUAUAUUCAAAAUGUUGAUAAGAAAAAAUGAAAUAGUUGCAACAACUAAUGGAGCAAAUGAGAAAUGACUGGAAUUUGUUGAAGGAUAAAUUGGAAAUUGAUAUUAUCAAAAAAUAUGCUAGUUAUAUGAACAUUCUCACAAUAAGUAUUAUAGUGUUUUGUUAUAUUUCCAUAUUCUUGUACAUAAUAUUUCAACGUCUGCCAUUCAUCCUUGACUUCAUAUUACCAGUGAACGGAUCACGACCUUAUCAACUUCUCAUGAUCACGGAAUAUUUUGUUGAUCAUGAUAAAUAUAUUCAGUUUAUAUUAUUACAUGAGUUGUUAGUUGGUUAUAUAGGAUUAACUGCAGUAGGGAGCACUGGUACGACAUUUAUUAUAUUUAUGUCGCAUGUAUGUGCAUUACUUGAAAUCACAAGCUAUCGAAUAGAAAAUGCUUUCGAGAGAAAUAUAUUAGCAAUGCCUAAUCCCAAAAAGCAGUAUCUACUUCACCGGAGGAUUGCACAUGCAGUUGUUAUGCAUCAGAGAGCUGCUGAGUUUAAUGAAUUUCUGAAUUCUGCGUUUUUGGUAUUAUUCUCUCUUCUGAUAGCAGUUGGCGUUAGUUCUUUAGCUCUCAAUCUUUUUCUAUUCUGUCGACUAAUACUAUCAAAUGAUAUCGGUAGAGCAUCUAUAAUAGGUCUACUCACAUUUACUUAUUUCAUAUAUAUGUUUAUUUUCAAUUACUGGGGACAAGUUGUAAUCAAUAACGGAAUAGAUUUAUUCAAAGUCACAUAUAAUGGGUCAUGGUAUGCAGCACCAUUGUCUAAUCAAAAGCUGUUAUUAUUUAUAAUGCAAAGAGGGAUGGAACACCUUAGCGUAUCGUAUUUUAGCGUAUUUGUUGCAUCCUUGGAUGGUUUUGCUACAGUAAAUUUAGAUUUUUUUUAACAGAAAUGAAAAUUGAACUAUCAUACUAAUGUUUAUGUAAUGUAUAGAGUAAUAUUUAUCUUUCAGUUGUCAAGUACAGUAAUAUCCUACUUCAUGGUGAUGUAUUCUACACGACAAUAAUAAUCCAAAGAGAUGUGACCAAUAAGUUAGUGAAUUUUUUAUUCCAAACACUUGACAUGCAUUACAAUGUAAAUGUACAAAUAAAGUAUUAAGAACAAAAAAUAUUUUAUUCGCGUUUCUGCAAUAUAUAGUAAGUAAUGUUAAAUGAAUAAAGAGGUUUGAAAGAAUCACUUGUCAUUAAUGUCAUAUCGACUUAUUUUUUAAACACAAAAAUAGAUUUUGAUUAUUAUUUAAUAUAAUGGGGGAUGUUCCGCAGUGUUCUGACCGCCGUUCACGGGACGGUAAAGAGGAAUAAACCAACAGAAAAGUCUUCUACGAUUUUGCAAUUGGAGCAAUAGUUAUCGAGAUAUUGAUAAUCAAAAGUCGCCGUAUUAGCCCGAGCUACUGCCAAAUGUAAGCGUGCGGUGCGAUGUGUCCACCCAUCAGCCGUCGCUCGCGGCGGUGCGCGGCGGAACACCCUGUAUAUGGCGUAUAAUAUUUAUUAUUUAAAAUAAUUUUUCUGGUGCAUGGCUGCAUAGUUGGAAAAAGUAAU